CUAUCUUCAUGCAUAUUUUAAUAGACUAACAUAUUCAUAUCAUUAAAAUACAUUGAAAGGAAUUUGAAAUGUCUUUAAAUGGCGCCUACUACAGCUGACUUCGAUGUAUUUACACGAUAUGAAUUUUCAGUCUAGGUUAUAAAGAGAAACUAUGUUCGAUUCACUAUCUGUUGUAUUACACGCAUGCUAUCACUUCAUGGGGAAAUCGAAUGUGGAGAUUCUCCGUUGGUUUAUUUCUGGUUCAAAUGACUAAAAGUUUACGAUUAACUGCGAUAUACGGAUUUUCCUCCAGCGUCACUAUACUCAUAUUCGGUGCAAUCAUUGGUAAAUGGAUUGAUAGAAAUCCAAGAUUCAAAGUUGCCAAGCUAGCCCUAUUUUUUCAAAAUGGGUUGCUUUCAUUUUGCGCCACCAUAUUCGCCAUCGCUUUCAUGUUCUCCAGAAAGUACGAAAAAUUUAACGGUCCAAAUAUUGAUUACGUAUUAAUGUUCCUGAUAUUGGUCUCGGCGGUGUUAGCUGACGUGGCCGGAAUGGUAUCUCAAAUCGUGAUAGGCAAGGAUUGGGUCGUUAUAAUAGCCCGUGAAAAUAAUUUGAACCUAGCCAGAUUGAACGCCACGUUAAAACGCAUCGAUCUGUUGACCAACAUUUUGACGCCCUUGUUUGUGGGUCAAAUUCUAAAUUUAGUCUCCUUCCUUACAGGGGCUAGCAUCGUUGCAGGAUGGAAUAUCGUUUCCAUGGUAUUCGAAUACGUUUUACUCCACAAAAUAUAUUACGCUGUUCCGCGUUUAGCAUUCAAAACGAAUAUAGCCGUGGAUGAAUUACCGCCUCAGGAUGUGGCUGUAAAUGGUGUUCCGCUGGUUAAACGGGUCGGUGACGAAAAGAAAAUAGAGGAAGGACACGAUAUGACCACGGAAAUUUCAAAAAAACAUGACGAAGUGAAGCCAAAGGGGCUGCGUAAAAAGGAUGGCAGCGAGAUUGUUGGUAAGAAUGGAAAAAAUUCGGAGGAAAUAAUUUCCACGGUUGAAAAAAAUGAUCCACAAGUGAUUUCUAGUUCGAAACUAUAUAAUGAUCUCAGCUUGAAAAAAAAUGGCGAAGAUUUCGUAAAGGAGCCCUUGAUAGAUAAGUCCCAGACAAAAUCUAACGAUGUUAUAAAAGAUUUCCAAAAACCUGAACAAUUAAAAGAUCCCAAUCUCACAUCUACUACCGAUGUUGAACAAAUAGAGAUUCAACCCAAAAAAAAUAACACAAAGAAAAUAGAUUUUUUGAGACAAUUCAAAGAUUCUGUGGAUGGAUGGAAAUUGUACAUGGGCCAAAAGGUUAAAUACGCGGGGUUUUCGUUGGCUCUGCUUUACUUAACUGUUAUAGGAUUUGAUUCAAUUACUGUCGGUUACGCUUACUCACUGCAUGUAUCAGAAGCGGUUCUCGGUUGCAUGAUAGCAUUAGGAGCCUUGACAGGUAUUAUUGGUACUUUUAUCUACCCUGUGAUGAAAAAUAGAUAUGGGUCAAUUACAUCGGGCAUUUUCGCUAUAAUGCUACAACUAAGUUGCCUAGUUUUCUGCCUGGUAUCGAUCUGGCUUCCUGGAUCCCCUUGGAAACCAGGAUUCAUAUUUCAAGACCUAAAAGAAUCAUUUGCAAAAUCAUCCGACUUAAAAAAUUCGUCAAAUGAAUUCAAAUUAAUACCAAAACAUACAUUCGAGGGCGUACCAGAGCUUGAUUUUCCCCAUCAAAAUCAUGAAUUAGACGUCAAUUUCAAUCCAUUAAAUAUACCAGAUGGCAAAGAGAGGAACUUAUCGAACCGUAGAUCAAUCCUCGCUGAAAAGACUGAUAAUUUCCAAUUGUAUCGUAUGGAGAGAAGUCUCAAAAUAAAUGAAUCUAAAAUUUUGCUCAAAAACAAUAAGAAAUAUUUGCAUAUCGGCGUAUUUCUAUUCGGGAUAGUAGCAUCCAGAAUAGGUUUAUGGAUGAUAGAUCUUACAAUCAAUCAAAUAAUGCAAGAGUCUGUAGUUGAAUCCCAGAAAGGUGUGAUAAUGGGGGUUCAGCAUUCGUUGACCAUGAUAUUUGAGAUAAUUAAAUAUUCAGCCGUUAUAUUGUUACCUAAGCCUCAAACUUUUGGUUGGCUAGUCAUUUUAUCGUUCUGUUCUAUAUGCGCUAGUCUUAUAUGUUUCUGCAAAUAUGCUUAUCAAGCUAAAAAAGGUCACCUAAGGCUCGAGGAUUCUAUUGAUGAUACUCAGAAUGUCCCUAUCUGUUCGUGUUUUCAGAGAAAAAAAAGAGACAUUUCCAUGAAUGUCAACAAUAAACGUCCGUCAAGACAAGAUAUACCCUUUUCAAAAACAAAUAGCUAUAUAUUGUUACCCAAAUGUGGAAGUUCAAGCAAAAAAUUGAUCUCACCUACUCCCAGGCCACUAAAUCCAAAAUCGGGUGAUUAUAGUACCCCUAUAACUAAAGAAAGGAUAUACGUAAAUGACGGUGAGAGGCAUGUGAUGGGAAAUAGUCAACUAGAAGGAAUCUUAACUCCUGUUUACAACACCGUCAUGACAAAACCUUUUGAGCAUUCAGAAGAUGGUACGCCAAUGAAAACCAACCAUGAUUUGGAUGCAAAGAGAGAUUAUCAUGCCCUGAAGCAUCUCGGCAAAUGAUAUUAUUCACAAUUAUACAUAUCUCUCACUAUUAUCGCACAUAUAAUUUUUUCUAAUCAAUAUUUUUUACAUCGCAUAUUUGUGAUAUUUUUGCCCAAGUUUUAGAUUCUCUAAAUAUUUUUAAAAUACUCGUUAAAACGUACAAAUUUUUUCUACAUCCGUUCAUAUAUUUUUUUUGCAUCCAUCCAUAUUAUUUUAUACAUAUCACCUAUUCUAUUUAUUAAAAAUAUUGUAAACAUUUCAAAAUAGAAACAACAAAAUUUGCUAAAUUUAUUGAACUUUUCUUUUAUAAAUUAAAUAAAUUGCAAUUUAAUAUUUCACAUUAUUUAAUAACAAAAUAUACCCGACU